CGCACAGUAGUCGCAGCCCAUCCAAUCGUUCCUGUCCAAGCAGCACGAGCGCAGGCUAGGAGAGAAAGGGUGACCGGCAACUCGAUCGGGCAGGAUGCAGACGGCGAAGGUGAAGUUGCAGGACAUGGCGAGCUCGGCGAAGGAGAAGGUGAAGGAAGGGUCGGCCAAGAUGCAGGGCAAGACGGGCGAGGCGACGGCGAGGACGCACGGCGAGAAGGAGAUGGUCAAGGAGGAGGCCCGCGCCAAGAAGGACCAGGCCAACGCCGACAAGCACCAGGAGAAGGCCGAGCACCGCGCUGACACCGCCGCCGGCCGCCACGGCACGGGCGUGCCCCUCACCGGGACCGGGACGCACGGCCACCACGGCGCCGCCGUCGACCCCGCCUACCCGUCCGCCGGCACCACGUACCCGGCGUCGGGCAAGUACAUCUAAGCUAGGCGAUCGGUAGGGAAGGAUCGUGGUCGUCCUACGUUUUUGUGUAGCGACUGGCGAUCGAGCUGGGGAUGAUCGAUCAGUGUGGUAGCGACUAGCGAGUGCAUGUAUGCUGUGUGCACGUGCACGCUGUGUCCUGGAAUAAUGGAAGUGUAAGCGCAGUCGGGUGAAGCUUCGUUUCAGUUUGUACUCAAUCAUGUACUGUCUGGUGCUUGUUUUUCAUGUAGUGCUACUUGUAAGCUUCAAGUUCUUCAGAUAUCUUCUUU